AUGUCUCUUCCCACCGCUCCUCUCGGCCGCAAUGGCCCCCAGGUUAAUCGUCUGGGAUUCGGCCUGAUGGGACUGUCCACGGCAUACGGACCACUCAAACCAGACAGCGAGCGCCUAGCUCUCCUCGAUCAUGCUUACGAACUAGGAGAACGUUUCUGGGACACUUCUGACAUGUAUGGUGAUAACGAACCCCUGCUCGGAAAAUGGUUCAAAGCCAACCCAUCCAAGCGUGCAGACAUAUUCCUUGCCACCAAAUUCGCCAUCAAAGAUGGAGGCGCCGGUGGAAUUGAUUCUUCCCCAGAAUACGUCAAGGUUGCCUUUAAGAAAUCACUGGAGCGCCUGGAUACUCCAUACGUCGAUCUCUACUACUGCCACCGCGUGGACCAGAAGACACCCAUUGAACUUACCGUAAAAGCCAUGGCCGAGCUUGUCAAGUCCGGAAAAGUAAAGCACCUCGGACUUUCCGAAGUCAGCUCAGACACCCUGAGAAGGGCACACAAAGUCCACCCCAUCGCCACCGUGCAAGUCGAGUACUCACCCUUUGCACUCGAGAUUGAAACCGAGCAGACCAAUCUACUCAAGACAUGCCGCGAGCUGGGCGUCGCCGUCGUCGCCUACUCGCCACUCAACCGCGGCAUGCUGACUGGUGCCAUCAAGAGCCCCGAUGAUUUCGACGAGACCGACUUUCGCCGCAUGUCACCUCGAUUCAGCAAGGAGAACUUCCCGAAGAACCUGAAGCUUGUCGAUCGCAUCGUCGAGAUUGCAACGGCAAAGGGCGUUACGCCAGGACAGCUGACACUCGCAUGGCUCAUGGCACAGGGCGACGACAUCUUCCCCAUCCCAGGUACUACGAACCCAAAGAGACUGGAGGAGAACGUGGGAAGUCUCAAGGUGCAGCUUACGGAGAAAGAGAAGAAGGAUAUUCGAAAGGCGUGCGAUGAGGCUGAGGUUGUUGGUACAAGGUACCCUGAGUCGUUCAUGCAGACUUGUUACGCUGAUACUCCGCCUUUGGAAUCGUAA